UAAAGUGGGGGGAUUUUGUUACCCACAUAUCCUUUCAGUUUCCUAAUAUGGCUGUAAAUGUUUCAAUGAUCCGUGACACAAAAUGGCUGACUUUGGAAGUGUGUCGAGAAUUUCAGAGAGGAACUUGUUCUCGUUCUGAUGCAGAGUGCAAGUUUGCUCAUCCUUCACGAAGUUGCCACGUUGAAAAUGGCCGUGUCAUUGCCUGCUUUGAUUCACUGAAGGGGCGUUGUACGCGGGAAAACUGCAAGUAUCUGCACCCGCCCCCACACUUAAAAACGCAGCUGGAGAUCAACGGACGGAACAACCUGAUCCAGCAGAAGACAGCAGCGGCCAUGUUGGCACAGCAGAUGCAGUUCAUGCUGCCUGGUACACAACUGCAGCCCAUGACCACAUUUCCUGUAACUCCAUCUUUAGCUACAAACCACACAAUGGGUCUUAAUCCCUACCUGAGUCACAUGACCCAUGGAAUGGGAUUGGUUCCAACAGAACUUCUACCAAACACACCUGUCCUGGUGUCGGGAAAUCCCACUGUAACAGUCCAAGGGAACACAGCUUCACAUAAGCUAAUAAGAACAGACAAAUUAGAGGUUUGCAGGGAAUUUCAGCGUGGAAAUUGUACUCGGGGUGAGAACGACUGCCGCUACGCGCACCCAAUGGAUUUGGGAAUGAUCGACUCAAAUGAAAACACAGUUACCGUUUGCAUGGAUUACAUCAAGGGCCGUUGCUCAAGGGAGAAGUGCAAGUACUUCCAUCCACCUGCACAUCUGCAAGCCAAAAUUAAGGCUGCCCAGCACCAGGUGAACCAGACUGCAGCUGCUGCCAUGGCUCUCCAGCCUGGUGCUCUCCAACCUUUACCAAAGAGGCCAGCACUUGAAAAAACCAAUGGUGCCACCACAGUGUUUAACCCCAGUGUUUUCCACUACCAACAGGCUCUAGCUAAUAUGCAGCUGCAACAACCAACAUUCAUCCCAACAGGCUCAGUAUUGUGCAUGACUCCCACUGCAAGUGUUGUACCCAUGAUGCACGGCGCUACGCCUACCACUGUGUCUGCAACAACAACACCUGCCACCAACGUUCCGUUUGCAGCAACAGCCAAUCAGAUGCCCAUUUUAUCAAUAGAUGAACUCAGUAGCAGCAUGUUUGUUACACAGAUGUAGACCUUACGAAUAGAACAGACGUCAGGCUGAAAUACUGAACAGCAAUCUGGUGGAGUACCAGAACUUCUCCUUGGGGAGCUGCACAUGGCCUUUCUGUACAUACUCCCAUCACUUCCCGCCUACCAUCUCUACAGUAAGCCUACCACAGCCUACAUGCUAACCAAAACCAAAAUGAUGGGAAUGUCAAGAAGAAAAACAAAAAGCACUAUAAAAAUGUCGUAUAUUUACUUACUCCUGUUAGACACUACGUAUGUGUAGUAAUUAAAUGAGGUAUACUACUUCUUAUAUCUCAUUGCUGUAACACAUUUAUAAUCAAUUCAUGUUAAUAGUGAAAAGCAUUUUCAAUGUAUGAAGACUGUUGGUUUAAUGUAUAUUAAUGGAAAUUGGUUAUCUGUCUCAAUUUUUAUGUAAGAGUGUUAUCUUAACUAAAUGUUAAGUUUACAUCAGAAUAAAAAAAAUAGUUUUGUUUUUAAGGAAAUGUCUUUCAUGAAACAUAUUCCUCAAUAGCCUCCUAUUUGAUCAUGUUCCCUUUUAACAAAGAAAAAAUGAAUGUCAUUGAGAAACAGGACAAAAAUAAUCAAAUUAGUUGAGUGAGCAUGCCGUUACCUGUGUAUCCUCUUUCCAAUUAUGCCUUGUCUGUGUAACAUCAAAUUUUAUAAACUUGUAGUACAGGCAAAUUUAAUGGACAUGUUUUGUAUAGCAAUAUUUUCAGUAUAAAUAUGCAUGCUUCACAACUACACAUUAGCUAGUUAUGAUCAGGGACAUUGCACAGUGCUCAACCAUAUAAAUAUUUCAUUCAAAAUCUUAGAACAACUUAUAUUAUUACUACCUGUGUGAACAUAUUACAAAACAAUUCCACUAAUAUUGAAGUGGCAGAUUUGCACUGGCUAACCUGUAGAGUUGGUGAGUCAUGGUAACAGCCAACAUCAGAGUGAAAACUGGCAUUUCUGCUAACGGCAUGCUCUCUAAUAUAAAUAUUUUUGUCCUGUUUUUCCUCCUGAACUGUUGUGAUAAAAUAGGCCUGGCUAUUGUGGAAUAGCCUUGCAUGUGUUUGUGUAUAAUCUCAUUAUAUAGCUGGUCAGAACUACUUCCUUUUCAUUGUGUUCCAGUGCCUCAGAGAGAGCUAGGCGAGUGUCACCAGCCUGAAUGAAUGUUGUGUGCUGACAUGAUUAAAACAGGCCUGGUUCUUCGAAGCUAAGACAAAAUAACUUGGCCCAAUCAUUUCUGUAAUUUGCCAUUGAGGUAUAGUAGGGAGUUGUUUUUCACUGUGAUAGACCCUAGAGAAGAGCUUUCACUGGCAGCCUUGGGCCCUACACAUGCUUUGAAAGCAUUGGUUGGGAUCACAGGAAUAAUAAACUUGGCUCAGCAGUGGAACUUCAAUUAUAAUGGAUGGACCACAUUAGUUCCCCCUUAACAGGGUGAAUUGGAGAGCUGUUGGGAAAGACCAAGGUUAACACUCAAAAGGAUCUAGGAACUAGUGAGGCAGUGGACCCAUCCAGAGUCGGGUAAAACUGACACUGCCUGGGGCAAUUCACACACCCUCCAUUUACAAUCCUGCUGCACUGUGUAAUGUCCCAGGUGAUGCCAUUUGAAAGCUGGGUAUGUAUAAAACCUAUUUUGGAUCUCUACUGCAAAUGUAAACCAGUGGUUUUAAUACUGUGUUAACAGAGGGAGGAGGAAGGUGCUGUUUGAAUGUUAAGAAGUAUAUAACUAGAACAAGUCCAUUCAUUCCAAUGGAAAAUUCAGGCUUGGGUUGGUAACCAGCAAGUAACAUUCAAACCACACAAGUGCCAGGCAUGUCUAACAUCUAACUAUCUCCCCAGACAUUCAAUAUUCAUUACAAAAUCCAAUCCAUCAAUAUCCUGGAGGGGAGGGCUCACCUUUACUGGGGAUAUCCCAAAUAAAAAGUAUGGCUAUGAAAACAGAGUUCUGUUCACUGAGUGACUCCUCAUUUGACUCUCCAAAGCCUUUCCACCAACUACCGAAUCAUAAGUCUGGAGGCUAAUGGAAAUCUCCCACACUCAAGAAGCUCAACAAUAACCACUACUGGCUCUCCAUCGACAUUAACUCUCUCCUCCAACCACUCACAGUGGCUGAGACGUCCACCAUCAAACUCAGAACAGUAAAGGAGCAAUGCAAACGCAUUUCCUGCAGGUUCCCCUCCCAAUCACACCCAAUCCUGGUUUGAACAUUGUCACUGGGACAAAUCCUGAAACUCCCCACCUGAUUUAUCGCAGACACUUCAAAUGGGUGAAUCAACAUCACUUCCUCAAGGGCAUUUAGCUUUGUGUAAUAAAUGCUAGUCUUGCCAGCGACCAUUUCUCUUGGAUGAAUAUAAUGUAAAGAAUAACCCUCUGAACUGAAUAUCUAACCUUCAUUCACACUGCCACUUCCCCAUCCCAAAUGCAGGAGAAUGUAAAUUCGGAUAUUAAAAUAACUUCUCAAAAAAGGAAGGUCAGAGCUUUUCAUUAAUAAGUACUAUGGAGAUUUUUAUAGUAGUUUAGUGAGAUGCCACAGAUGUUUUAAUAUCGCUGGCAGAUUACAAAAGAGAGAUUUAAAAGGAACGUAAUAAGCUCAAGUCACUAGUGUCGCCAAAUAAAAAAGGAAAAUGUGCAAAAAAUGCCACUUUUAAAGCCGCACUACUAAGAAAAACAAUAUUAAAUGUGCAAUCAGUUAUUCCAGUGAUUUAACUAAAAGGAAGUCGCUAGACUAUAAAAGUCAUUAGCUCAUAUACAUUCUUCAUUAUAGUCACAUUGUCUAAGCGUGACUCUAAAUAAAAAGUUCCUGCUCCAAGGAAUCGUUUCUUUGUAUCACAUAAAUGGAUGGGCUGUUCUCUGGUAUUAGUUACCGUUAGUCUCAGUCCCCAUUCAAUUUCAAGUCACCUUAUCACUAAACCAUCUCUUUCACAUUAUCCAGUUUUGUUCUUCUUUUCUUUAGUUCUCUCAGCCUUAUGCAAAUGAUAUGCAAGAAAUCCUGAGUCUUGGAUAAAACGGGUCACACAAAGAAAAGUGGGAAGAAAGAGAGUUGAGGACAGAAACAGGGAAUUUUCUAGAUAGGCUGGAUAAAGAUAUUAAUCUUCACCACAAGCGCAUCACAAAGCUAGUUUAAUGACAGUAAUCAGAAUAGUGCUUUGAAGCCACUGAAAUGGUUAUAUUAAUUGGGAAAUUCAUUGUUAACAGCCAUAUGUUCCUUUAACUACUUGGAAAUUUUAGUUCAUGUAGUUUGCAGCGUCUGUUGGUGAAUCUGACAGGAUUAUAUAGUACUAAAUUACUUCAUUCUUGUGUGUUUCACAGUAAAUGUAUGCUGAGAAUGAAAAAUCUAUGGAGAAAAAAGUUCCAUUCCUCUCAGAAGGAUCAGCAAGAUAAUGAUAUAAUUAAACUGCGUGCCUGUGAUAGGCCUUAGAUGCUAUAGUGGUUUCAAUGAUAUAAUCUUUAGAAGUUUGAGCCAAUAAUCUCAAUGUAAGUACAUAACAGCACACAAUAUAGUAUCAGUGAUAAGACUCAAAUCUAAAUAUUUCACUUUCUAACCCUGAUUGCUGUAGUUUCUCAACUUCUUAUGUUGAUUGCUUAGUUUUAAUUGCAGUCAGUUAGAAACUAAUAAUUUAAAUCUGAGGGACUGUUAAAAGAAGUUUGGUUUUAACAUUUGUAUUUGAAAGCAUUUAUUAAUUCAUUAAAAGUCAUUUAUUUUAAUGCUAACCUUCACUGGGAUAUGGUAAAAGUUUAAUACAAUACAUACCUAGUUUAUGUAGUUUACAUUUUAGUACAAAAUUAACUUUGUAUGUAACUCUUACAAUGAUAGAUUCAUUGUUAACUAAUUAUGAUAUUGAGUUGUUGCUAUGGCAACAAAACUACAACAUGGCUACCUUUGUAUAAAUUAUUUGUGAAUUUUCACUUGUAAUUUUAAAAAAAAUGUACAUCGGCAUGAACUUAAAAAAGGUACAGUUAGACACACUCAGGCAAAAUAUCCUUUGACUAUCUUAAAUACCCAAAGUUCCACUCAAAACGUACAUGACCUGAAUCUGUGUCUGUACAUUUUAUUUCUCAGUCAAAGUGGUUUACAACACAUUGAGGUAGAACCGGGUUUUAUAACUAGAAAGUGUGGUAUGGUGUUGUAAAAUACACUCUGAAAAAUCUGAGAUUGCUGCAGUUUAACUGAUUUGACCUGUUAGUGUGUGAUUGUGUGUGACACAUCUUUUUUUUGCACUUAUGUACAUAGUUAUUGAAAGAAAAGAAAUCAGAUCUUAUUUUGAAUAAAAAAAAGGAUUGUGUUAAAUACGGGAAAGUUUGUUACGGUAAAUAAGUUUGGCAUUGCUAAUAGUUUGGGGGAAAAUAAAGGAAAGGAGGAAUGGUUUUUGCUAUAAACACUUAUCCACAAGCAUGACGGCGCUGUGCUGUUAAGAAAAGCUUUGUAGUUCUGCCAUAGCUUUACUGUGUAAUGAACGGUUCGAGAGGCUGAAACCAAACCCUCAGCAGCCUGAUAUUAUCCUACUGUUGAAAUACUCUAAACUGUAAAACAAAGAGAAAUUAGCCAUCAACACACAAAAUAAACAGAAAACAAAGCAAAUCAUGUUACACUGAUCUGAAAGGUCCAAGUUCUACAAUACUGUACACAGACGCACUCUCACGGUGGAAGCCUGAUUUUGUUGCCAUGGCUGCUUUUUGGUAGCAGCUGAGGGAUGAGAGACGUUUUUUUUUCUGGUU